AUGCAUAGCGCACUGCAAUCGCUUAUGAUACUGGCAGCCGCCGGGCUGACACUGGCACAACUUCCCGCCACAAUCACGGACCACAAGAAGAUCGAUCUAGGAGAUGGCGUUGGAGUCCGAUAUAAAGAGCCCAAGCUCUGCGAAACGACCGAGGGGGUCAACUCAUACUCUGGCUUCCUCGAUAUUGCUGAAGAUAGGCAUUUGUUCUUCUGGUUUUUCGAAAGCAGACGAAACCCUGAGGAGGACCCUGUGACCCUGUUCUUGAAUGGAGGUCCUGGAGCAGAUAACAUGGGAGGUCUGUUCGACGAGGUCGGACCGUGCUCGCCGAGCGAUGAUGGUCUGACGACAGUGUUGAGAAAUGAUAGCUCAUGGAACGAGAUCUCAAAUCUGCUAUUCAUCACGCAGCCGGUCGGGGUGGGCUUCUCUCAUGGCUUCCUGGAAGAGCUGUCAAUACCCGACCCAACGGAUGCUUCUGGCAAGAGGACACUGGAAGGCCGCAUUGCAAACGCAGAUUUUGUCAAUCUGAACACAACCGAACUGGCAGCGGAUGAUAUGUGGGCGGCCAUGCAGGCAUUCUAUGCUGCUCUCCCCGAGAUGGCUCCCAGAGUCAAGUCCAAGACCUUCCACAUGGGCACGCAAUCGUACGGCGGACACUGGGGCCCUGGCUUCUUCAAUCGAUUCAGGAAAGAGACAGAAGCUUUAGGAGACGAAGCUCCAUUUCAGAUCGGCUCGCUCAUGAUCAUCAAUGGCAUCACGGACGCUUACCUUCAGUAUCCCUCGUUCCCAAAGUUCGCCAUGGAGAACACACAUGGCGUGCAUCCACCUCCCCUAGUCACCGCAUACAUGGACUACUCCUUGCUAGCCGAAGUCAAUGGGUGCCUUGCCAUGAUCGAGACUUGUGAGACUGCAAUCAAUCUGGCUCCCGAGUCCCUCCACUUCAAAUCACUGUGUGCCGAAGCUGCGGCUGUCUGUCGCCAUACUGUCGAAAUGCCGGCACAAGCAAGCCUGGACUUCCACAACUAUGACAUCACGAACGACAUCAACGCCACGAAGCAGCCAUUUCCUCCUGGAGUCUAUCCAGUCUUCCUGAAUGUACCGGAGGUCCAGGCAGCGCUUGGGGUUUCCAGCAAUUACACUGUGGGUGUUAACACGGAAGUAUACGGCUCGUUCUUGUUCACUGGGGACUUCGUCAGGCGCAAGCAGCGUAUCGACCUGGAGGAGCUGCUUGAUGCUGGAGUUCGCGUAGCACUGUGGUAUGGCGACAAAGACUGGGUGUGCAAUUGGCUUGGCGGAGAAAUGCUUUCGCUGGGAACUAACUCCACGCAGUCCGAGCAGUUCGCCAGUGCAGGGUACGCGCCGAUGACGGUGGAUGGCACUCACUAUGGUGAUACCCGAGAGUACGGCCACUUCUCAUUCACGCGAGUGUUUGAUGCCGGUCAUGCUGUUCCAUUCUACCAGCCGGAGGCAUCGUUCGCGUUGUUCGAGCGGACUAUUACCGGGAGAGACCAGGCGACGGGUAUGGACGAUAUUAGUGAAGACUAUGCGACAGAAGGUCCCGAAAAGUCGACAUACAGCCAGAUCAAUGGUGAUGGGAAGCGAGCGAGAUUUUUGAUCGACAUGGUGAAGAGCGCGAAAUUCAGAACAUGA